GGACAACGAACAAUUCAGGGUCCUCGUAACCGGUUCUAUAUAAAAGCACAUGCUACGUCAACGGGAGGAGACAUUCUCAGCGAGUAAUCGGGCCGGUGAUGACCAAACCGAUGUAAGGUCAUCGAAUUGAAAAAUUCGAUAAAAAGUACGUCUUAUCAAAUCUCCGUUGUGUUUGAUCACUGUAUUAGAUCUUACUUUGGAUCAGGAAAAAUUUGAUAAAAAGCACGUCUUAUCAAAAUUCUAUUGCGUUUAACUACUGUGUUAUAUCUUAGUUUGGAUCAUUCUCGAAAUUUUGUUAGAAAAAUUGUUUGAAAUUCGGGAGGAAUAAUUUUGGAAAAACGUGUGAUAUGACGGAAGUCGCGUGUCGUUCGAAAUCGUGCUAAAAGUUCGGAUCGGAUCAGUGACCGAGGGAAGUUUGAAACGGAGGAAUCGUCGAGUUGCUCGAAGAGAAUCGAACGGUUCGAUUAGAGUGAUUCGUGGACGGUCAAGUUUUGAGGAAAAAAGAGGAAAAAGAGAAGAGAGCGAGCGCGAAGGAGAGUGCGCCCGCUGGAAAAGGUGCGCAAGAAGGAGUGAAAGUUGAGCUGGUUGCUGAAUUCAGUUUGUUUGGAGGAUAGUGUACGGAGUUGUUAAAAGCGGUACCUUGGAACGGUGCCAUUUUUCUAGAACCUAUCGGAUCUCAGUCUACCAGCCAGGAAGCGAAAUCGAAGGUAACAGGCGUGUGCUGAAGAAGGCCACAUACGUGAGAAACCGCUUUUCAGAUGGGAACCAUUCUGCAGCAGUCGGUGUUAAAAGGCCGACAGACCAACGGCAACAAGGAGAAGGAUUUGCUUCAUACAUUAUUCAAACAGACGGUGGAGAAUAAUUCCAGUCAGCCGGCUAUCUACUACGAAGACGACGAUGGAAAGGUGUACACGAUCACGUACGAAGAGUUGAACCUGUUGACCAACCGGUUGGCUCGAGUUUUGCAAAAAUGCGAAAAACCAGAGAACUCGUCCCAGUCUUUCGUCGCUGUUUGCAUGAAACCCUCUCAUCGUCUUCCCACCAUGUUACUGACAAUAAUAAAAGCUGGAAUGGCUUAUCUACCCCUCGACGUCGAUUUCCCGAUGUCCAGGAUGAAACACGUUCUACAGGAAGCUAAACCUUUCGUGGUACUCGUCGAGGAAGAAGCGGAUCCGUCGAUCUUCGAAGGAACGAAGACAGUUACUUACGAACAACUAUUGGAACAAUCUCGACACGAAGGGCAGGAGGAUCUAGAGAUCGAGGAAGACCCUGAGCGAACCGCCAUCGUUCUCUACACUUCCGGAAGCACCGGCACUCCGAAAGGAGUGCUUUUGCCACACGCGACCGUACUGAAUCGUUUACGAUGGCAAUGGAGAGAACUACCUUACAAAUCCGACGAGCAAUAUUGCGUCUUCAAGACGUCUUUGACAUUCGUCGACAGUGUGUCCGAAAUUUGGGGAUCCUUGUUACAGGGUCGUAGCUUGGUGGUUGUUUCGAAGCACGUCACGAGGGACCCGGAAAAAUUUGUACAAGUAUUGGAGAAACACAAGAUUCAACGAUUGGUCCUGGUACCAUCUUUAUUGUACUCGAUGCUGAUGUACCUGAGUCUACGGGACAAGGAGAACAUACUACGCUCGCUAAGACUUUGGAUAUGUUCCGGCGAAACGUUACCAGUCGCACUGGCCGAUGAAUUUUUCACCAGGUUCGCCCACGACGACAACAAGAUUCUGGCGAAUUUCUACGGGAGCACGGAAAUCAUGGGGGAUGUUACCUACCAUCUCAUAAACGACCAAAGUCAGCUGCAGUCGGUGGAGAAAGUACCGAUUGGGAAACCACUGGACAAUUGUAUCAUCUACAUCGUGAACAAAGAAAUGCGGCUGGUACCGCAAGGGGAAGUCGGGGAAUUAAUAGUGGCUGGAAGAAACCUCGCAGCUGGAUACAUUCGGGACAACGAUUCUCACAAGUUCCAAGACAAUCCUCACGCUAUCGAUCCAGAGUACUCAAGGGUGUAUUGUACCGGUGACUACGCGAGGAUAUCUAAAGGGAUGGUUAUAUACGAAGGGCGAAUGGAUUCGCAGAUCAAGAUCCGAGGGCACCGCGUAGACCUGACGGAAGUUGAGAAAGCGGUGUCGAAAGUUCCGGGAAUCGACAAUGUGGUCGUUCUCUGUUACAAACCUGGAGAACUGUCUCAAACGUUGCUCGCUUUCGUAACCAUUGCUCCCGGUUCGUGCAGUUGCGGGAAGAAAAUCGAAGGAAUCCUUCAAGCUACCUUGCCGCCUUACAUGCUGCCGCGCGUAAUCGUGGUGGAGGGUAUACCUCUUUUAACAAACGGCAAGACCGAUCGUCAAGCCUUGCUGAAGCACUACGAGUCCAGCAACCUUAAUAAUGAGAACGAGGAAUUCGUGAAUUGCGAUUACACCGGUGUACCCGACGAGGAUCUGGCGAAAGCGAGAGUCCUGUUUCCAACAGUGGCCUCUGUAAUCGGAGGAGGAGGAGGUCGUUCUAACGUAACGCUCGAUGCAAAUUUCUACGAGCUAGGCGGCAACUCGUUGAACUCGAUUUACACGGUGACAAAGCUGAGGGAUCAGGGAUACGAGAUAGGUAUUACGGAAUUCAUCACGGCGAAGGAUCUGGCCGAGGUACUCAGCCGAAUGAGAAUCAGCGCGGACGACGUUUCUCCAGAGAAUAAUAUCAACGAAGACGAGUAUACCUUUGAAAUGCUCAACGAUUCUCAUAAAAAGGAUGCGAUAGAAAUUAUCACGGAGAGUUUCUACAGCAAAGCGGAUUUGGAACAGUGGCUGAUGCCAGGGAUAGCAAAGGACGACUAUCGAAUAAUGAUGGAGAUCCUCUGGGAACCUCUCGUCGAGAAGAAUUUGAGUUUCGCAGUGAAAUCGGCUCGAGACGGCAGAACAAUUGCAGUGGGUUUGAAUUUCGAUCUAUGGGACGAGCCUGAAUUGAUACUCGAUUCGAAAUUGACGAUCGUCUUCGAGUUUCUCGAACAUCUGGAAGCGCCGAUCAGAGAACGAAAACUGCCUAAGGGAAAGGGUCAGAUUAUCCAUAAUUUCAUGAUGACGACCAGCAGUGAUUUAAAUCCCGCCGAGAACGUGAUCAUGAUGAAAGCGAUGGAGGAAUACUGCUUGAAAUUGGCUAAAAGGAAAGAGUACGCUGGUAUCUUUACCACCAACACCAGCCCUCUUACACAGCAACUCGGAACAGAUGUGUUUGGAUACGAUACGAUGCUUACUUACCAAGUGAACAAAUACUGCGCCCCAGAUGGUACGAAGCCCUUUGGAGAAGCACCGGACAAUCAACUGGCAAUUUGCUCGUUAAAAAUGAUCGUUUAAUGCUACCUGAAAAUAAAACGGAAACGUUAGUAAUCUGCAUGGUGAGAGGGCGCUAUUUGUCGCUGUCCGUGGCGAUAAUAAAAUUGAUGUAUAUUUAAGUACCAUAGGAAGUCGAGUAUUAAUUUAUUAUAAUCGUAUAAAUUAUUUCGUUUGGUGCUCGUACGAGACGAUUACUCUACGAUUGUUUCGUAUUUGAAUACAGUCCUUAUUAUCGUUAGCUUAUCUUUGUGCACCAUUUUGUUAUGUUAACGCACUGACGCGUGACGAAGGAAUGUAAUAGCCGCAUGAAAUGCGAGAUAUUGUAAAUAUUUUUGUAUAUAAAAAUAGUACGUAUGUGAUAAACAACUAUGUUAUCCGGUUAUUGUAGUUAAGAAUGUUUAAAUUUGUCGACUCCCCCUAUCCAAAAUUGUUGACAGAAUGGUAAUUGGAAUACUUUGAAAAAGGCGUUCUGAUAACGCCAUUGCGUUGUUAGUCGAUUGUAAUACGAAUGUAAUAAACAUACUGUUAAGCAAUUUAA